UCUCAACCUUGUCGAUGAUCUUCGUCCAGCUCCUCGACGCGGCUGUUUGGCCGACUGUCAUCUUCGGCUCGCAUCUUCUUCGAUUUCGGAUGAAGUAUCCCGGCUUCGCGAUGGCCGAUGAGUCUCCAAGCCCCUAAAACAGACGGCCCGCCGUUGCCAUUUUAAAGGGCGCUCUCCGACAAGGAGGUGGGAGAUGAGACGCUGCUGCGCGAGACCUCGUCAUGAGCAUCCAGAGUCUGGGCGGAGCCAUCGGGGAUUCCCUGGGCUCUAGCCUGACGGUACGCAUGAGCGGCGCAGGCGGCGUCCGGAGUUCUCUCUCCCUGAAGUCCGCCGGUCGUAUCACGUCCCUCCUCCAAACCAUGGUCCCCACCGGCUACGCCAAGCUCCAGGAGGAGCGUCUGGCUACGGCCGACCUCGGCGCCAAACCCGAGACCGGCGCGCUCCAGAACGGCUACAGACAAGAAACGCCUCACCCGGAAGGCCGGCGCCUGCCGGAGCGCGCCUCCCGCUCCUCCGUCACCCAGUCGGACCCGGGAGACGGGAGCUACUCGGAACUGGAGCCCAUGUUGGCCGAGAGGAGGCUGUCGGGGGACGAGGCCGAUGGCGACGACGAGGAGGAGGAGGAGGAACAGGCGCAAACCGCUGCGCACAUUCUGCCCAAGGAGUCACCCCUCGCCAUGGCUUUGCAGAUCCUCGUGCCUUUCCUGUUGGCCGGAUUUGGAACCGUGUCAGCCGGUAUGGUGCUGGACGUUGUGCAGCACUGGGAGGCGUUCCGGUACAUCACGGAGAUCUUCAUCCUGGUUCCCGCUUUGCUGGGUCUCAAGGGCAACUUGGAGAUGACUCUGGCCUCACGCCUCUCAACAGCGGUGAACGUGGGCAAGAUGGAUUCUCCAAUAGAGAAGUGGAAUCUAAUCAUAGGCAACCUGGCGCUCAAGCAGGUUCAGGCCACCGUGGUGGGCUUCUUGGCAGCCGUGGCGGCCGUGGUCCUCGGCUGGAUACCAGAGGGCAAAUUCCAGAUGAGCCACGCCGCUCUGCUGUGCUCCAGCAGCGUCGCCACGGCCUUCAUCGCCUCCACGCUGCAGGGUUUCAUCAUGGUGGGCGUGAUCGUGGGCUCGAAGAAGACGGGCAUCAACCCGGACAACGUCGCCACGCCCAUCGCCGCCAGUUUCGGUGACCUCAUCACCUUGGCAAUCCUGGCGUGGAUCAGCCAGGGCCUCUACAAGUGCCUGGAUUCGUACCCGUACGUGUCCUCCCUGGUCUGUGCCUUCUUCAUGUGUCUGACGCCCGUGUGGAUGGUCAUCUCCUCGAAGCACCCGGCCAGCCGCACGCUGCUCUACUCCGGAUGGGAGCCGGUCAUCACGGCCAUGGUCAUCAGCAGCAUCGGAGGUCUCAUCCUGGACAAAACCGUGUCUGACCCCAAUCUGGCCGGAAUAGUGGUGUACACCCCCGUGAUCAAUGGUAUCGGGGGCAACCUGGUGGCCAUCCAGUCCAGCCGGAUCUCCACUUUCCUGCACUUCCACUGCGCCCCCGGGGAGGUGCCCGACGAGGCCAAGGGCUGCUACUACCCCUGCCGCACGUUCUCGGGCACAGGCGCCAAUCACCGAUCUGCUCAGGUUCUCCUCCUCCUGGUGCUCCCCGGGCAUCUUAUAUUCCUCUACACCAUUCACCUGAUGAAGAGCGGACACACCACGCUGACGCCCAUCUUCACGUCCGUCUACCUGGCUGCUGCCCUGCUGCAAGUGCUGCUGCUGUUGUGCAUCGCCGACUGGAUGGUGCACUCCAUGUGGCGCAGCGGCAAAGACCCCGACAGCUUCUCCAUCCCCUACCUGACGGCGCUGGGCGACCUGCUGGGCACGGCGCUGCUGGCGCUGUGCUUCCACUUCCUGUGGCUCAUCGGCGACCGAGACAGCGACGUGGGCGACUGACGCCUCGCCGAGUGAGGGGCGGCCGGGCGACGUACUUGCGGGAAUCUGGCGUCACGGAGAUUUUGGCACCUUUUUGCACCAAAGCGCUUUGUUAAAGGUCCCCCGCUUCCACAGGUUCGUCGUCGGAUCGACUUUAUUGGGAGGCCUGUGCGGGAGUGUCGGAGUUCCUUUUAUACAUCAAAACGGAAACGUGUUUUAUUCAGUAGCAGUUUAUAGAUGAGGCAAAGGCCACCGUUACAGUAAAUGAUCUAAAAAAGAAAAAGUCCCCCCUCCCCCCCCCAAAAAAAACCAUGGCCCUGUACGUAUUUGUUGAAGGUGGAUCACUUGUUUCGACAUUUUCUGACAAGUUGGCAUUUUGGGUUGAAACAAUGUGUCAAUGUUUUGUUCCAAAGACUUUUUCUGUCGUGGCUACGCCAAUGGAGAUUUGUCCACACGGGGACACACGAACACUUUGAAAGACAUAUAACAGUUACGCACCAGCAAAAGUGUUCCAAGUGUUUCUCCACUGUGUGGAAUUGGCCGGCAAUGUACCCCGAGUGUCAUCCAAUUCACGAGCGCCGGACCAACGGAGCCCAAUUGUAUUUUUCUCGUUACAGCGGAUGCAGUACAAGAUGGCGGUGUACGUUUGUGUCAUUAGUCGUGUCCGCGCGUUGUGUUUGUACAGCGCGUUUGUUGUUUGUAUGACAGGAACACGAAGCAGUAAUUGAUUCCAGUAUGUGCCUCUUGAGAUUUAGUGGUUGACAAGGUCUCGUUGUACUGCAACAUUUUGUCGAGUUUGUCAGUUUUGGCAUGCGAACGCUGACAUAGUAGCAGAUGUCACCAUUUGGUGAAGUGUUUAUGCCAUUUUCAUGUUAUUUUUUGGAGGGUUUGUUGUUUGUUUGUGAAAAUAAAUGUAUUUUCAGUUUAAUAUUGAAUGAGUUGUUUUUAUUUAUUUGAUUUUAUUGUAAUUUUUUUUGCUUUAUGGAUGAGAGCCUUCCAAAGCAAAUUGUCACUGGAGCAGUCAGGUGUCCGGAUUCCUUUUGUGCUCCGUAAUCGACUGUAAAAGUUUGCGCGCGUCUCCUCGCUGAGCCGCGAACCGACGGCGACAGGUGCUCGGAAUCGCGAUGAACUCCGGCGUCGGAUGGGGAAAGCGCCUGUCCGACUCGUCUUUGAAGGUGCAGAAGCGCAACUUUAUUAAAGCGAUGUUCAUCGAUGUCGCGAUCAAAGCUGCGUAACGCGCGUGUGGAGAUUUUCCGUGUUUGGGUAUUUUCUCUCCAUUCCAAUGCAGCCAGCCAGUUUUCCCAAAGCUGGUAUCAGUGCUAAUAAUUGUCUUUUAAUCAGGUGAACUGUUUACAAUGCCAGACAUUUUGGGGGUUCCGCAGCGAUCUGGCACUGGCCCGGACGCAAGCACGAGGACCUGUGAAACCCAAUCUCCUGCCUGUCAGUCGUCCAGUCACCCUCAGGGCCAUUAGCGCGAUGUUUAUAUGAGGCCUGCGUACAGGAGGGGUCAAAGGGCAGCUCCGGUGGUUAACUGCAGCAGCAGCAGCAGGAGGACACAAUCCGUGUUUCAUGCACGCCAUAGCUGCAGAAGUCUCCUCAGGUGUGUGUGUUUUGUCACACUUGUGUGUGAUCAUUUGUCGCUAGGCAGAAUUUGUUCAUUCUAUUUUUACCUCGUGUCCAGAGAGUUGGUUUGUGACUUGCAGCUAACUGACAGAGUGGCACAGCACAAAGUUAGAAAGACAUGCAAAAACCUAAUUGCAAUGAAAGUGUUGAGAAGGUAUUGUAAAUGUUUUAGAAAAAAUGAUAAAAGGCAGAAAAAUAGCCUGGAAAUAAUAAUUAAAAAGAAAAAAACAAAUCAGGUAAGAAAUAGCUCCCAAAAAUUACAAAAUGCCAAAAAUACACAAGUACAGUGCUAGAGGCACAAAGCCGAAUACAGUACAGGAAAAAUGAGUGUAAAGACAGAAAAAUAGUAUAACAAAAAUAUCCAAGAGGCAGAACAAAUUUGACUUAAAAAAGCAAAACAAAGAAAAGAGAGAGAAAACAAGAUUGAAAGGGAAGACCACCACUCUAAAAAUAAGUAAUGACAUUGCAAAGAGCUGCCUUGUUGGGAAAAAAAAAACUACAAAGAGCAGAAAGACAAUUGUGGUGGGGGAAAAAAGAUCCAAGUAGCAGAUAAUGUUAUUAAAAAUUGGGGUGUAACUCAAAAAGAAAAUUCCAAACAAGUGUUAAAAAUGUGUGGUAUAAAAGAUGCCAGGACACUGUUAUGUAUCAGACUUUGUUGUCAUCGUAAAUGAUUGUGUUGCAAUGCUAUUUUUGUUCAGGCCUCAUGUAAGCAUUUGCGCAUGCGUUGGCGGUUAGGAGGAGUUGUCGCCGGCACCCGCGAACGGCUCUCGGACUGGACCCGAUGUUCCCGGUCCUCUUUUAAAAGUGCUGCAAAUGUGCUACAUCCCUCUCAUACGUAUUUCAUCAGUGGCACGUUUCCGGGCUGCGUGUGACCUCUGAACCCAUUCCCUUGUCUCGUCGUCUUGACACUACGCCAAAUGUGGACGAGGGGAAGAUCGAUAGCGGCGUGUCGGCUUUGUUCUUCUUUACGUGGGAGGAGGUCCUCGUUGUGAUUCGACGGCGCCGCUUGAGGCGAAGCUUGUUUUGUGGCGGAGAAAAAAAUACGGUGACACCUGGCUGUUAACAUUUGUGUGUGUUUGUAGCAAAAGGUGGUUUGGUGGGGGAGGCCACAAAAAGUUAGCCGAAAAUAGGAAGAAGCAAAAAAGACAGAAAUGGUAGAAAUAAUAAUAUUAAAAAACACAAGGUGCAAAUUGUAUUUGCAAGUAUCCGAACAAAGAUAAAAAAGAAAUGUAGGUUAAAAAAAAGAUGUAAAAACAGGAUAGAAAAAAGCUAAAAGAAACAUUAAACAAAAAUGAAAAAGUAACCAAAGAAUAUUAAAAAAAACAACACACCUAUAAUAUGGGAGAAAAUAAUGUAAAACAAAGGGCAUAUGUAUAAAAGGCAGAAAAACAAUUGAGAAAAUAAUUUUCCAAUGCAACCGAAUGGCUAAAAAUGUUGGUAUUGUAAAAAUGUCUUGGUGGAGAAUAUUGUUGAGGAAUAUGAGCACCCCUGUGGGUAUGAUUGGAAAAGUAGGAGUGUUGAGGAAAUGGGAAUAAGACAUAAGAUAGCCAUUGCUGUUAAAUAGGCAGCCGUUUGUCGACCCAAUUGGGAAAAGAAAAGGGUCUCCGUUGUUCCAUAUGAUGGGGUGAGAAGUUGGUGUUUUUCAAUAAGGGACCACGCCAAUAGAAAGUGUUUGUGCGGGGGUUGACUGGAAUAUUCUCUACCUGGUAAUUACAACCUGAAAUCAAGUUGAAGCCACCAAAUGUAGUCCAAACUAUCUGGAGGAAUGACGUGGCAAACGGAAAUUGGAUUUUCUGAAGGCGUUUAGCCCAAUUCAUUCGAAAUGUAUUGAGCAGUGUCGUAAAAUGUAGCCCACUGACACCUCGGGACUCGUAAGAUUCCUCACAACGCUCUUUCUGAUGUCACGGAAAUGAGGUUAAGAAGCAUGCGGUCGAUAUCCUUCCAAGUUGUCUUCUCCACUUGAGUUGCGGGUGGCAGGAGGCAAAGGAGAUGGGAAAAUUAAAAGUCAAACUUUUCCGUUUCAAAGCGAAAUGUCAAAGCAGCCACUGAUUGAAUGUAGUUUGUGUUUGAUUAUUUUGUGUGCACCGUUCGAUCAAAAUGACAAGGAGGAAAAGGGGGAGGAGCCAUUAAUAGCACGUUUGCACCUGCGAGUGAUCGCAGCUGCGGAGGGCGUGGCCUGGCAUAUAUAAGGCGGCCUUUCCAAAGGACAGGAGCUCAUUUGGCGAGCGGAGCUCGGCGAGGUAAGUGUGAGGUUUACCCACGCUAAUCGUUUGCAAAGUGUUUUCUGUUUGCAGGUCUGCGCUUCUGGACGAACGUACGAAGGUUGGCGUUCUGUCACGGCUCAGGCGUUCGCGCAUCGUUCCUCUCUCGACGACGCGCAGCCGGCAAAGGUGCCGACCAACCGCCCGAUGAGCGGCCGAGACGUUUCGGAGCUGAAGGAGCACGACGAGCAAACGGCGGCCACCGGUCACGCGGUCAGAAUUCUGCAACACGAGGACUGAAGGCAGCACGAGGAGGCGAACGAAGGGGCAGGCCUCGAGGAGCGCGACGGGAUGAGUCUGACUUGCUUCCUGGAGUUCAGUGGACACUGGCCAGAGAUGGCCGCAUUGCCGCUGAACAGGAUGCGCUCGCAACACUUUGGUUGUCCCCCUCUCUCUUUGCAGAUCAAUGACAAAGUGGUGAGGAAUGGUUCCCCCCCCCCGGGCUGACGGAGCGACUGCACCGGUGCGGUGGCCUUCGUCACCACUGGCUGCUUUGUGUGGUGACCUCCUGAGAUCCUCACAUGCUGCCUUGCCUGAAUGUGCUGAUUGGGGACACCUGCGGCGCUCAGGACUCUCAUCUACACGAGUCAUGAGGCCGGCGCACGAGUGACUUUCCUUGCUGAGCUAAAUUGGACAUGUGCAUUUGUUUACAGUGGCAACGGUUUCCUGUGGCUGUCGAUGAGGUUGACGUGUGCUUUGUCAACAGAGAGAUCCACAGCCUCUGUUUGAAGAUGGUGACCCCCACGAGAGUUGAUAAGAAGAAACUGUGGAAGACCCAGCGUGCCUCAAGAACAACCACAAACUCCUGUUGCUCGGCCUCCACCUGACGAGCAGCACGAUGCGGUCGUCCCUGUGGCAGAUUUUGCUGCAGCCCAUCAGAGGCACAAGUGAAUCUGAGCUGACUCGUGCAUUGACUUUUGUUUUGCAGCUGGGAUCACCCGGUGGGCUAAAAUGUUCCUGUUGUUGAAAAGGGGCCUGCGAGCUGUUUUGGCAAGUUGCGUUUCAUAUAUUGUGAGCAGUUGAACAAUUCUGAAUACCUUUUUACACUGUGAAUUCCCCUUUUGUUUUUGCAGGUAGGGCCUCCAAGCUGAUUUUUGGUAAAUUGAAAGUGUAAACUGUCACUUAAUGGUAUGGUGCGCAUGAUCUGAUUGUGUAUAUGCAGGUGGGUGUUGUGGAAGAAGGCUGCUGCGCUACCUGUUCUUGGAAAGGAAGGCUACAAGGUAACUUUCCAGGUUGUGUUUUUGUAAUUUGUUAAUUCAAUCGUGCAGGCUCUGGGUUUUCCUGCCCAACACUACUGUGGACGUGUAGCCAGAACCAAUGGAAUUGGAGAAGUUGUCUAGUUUUUGACAUUUUUAUUGAAAAGCAUUUUCAGCAGAAGUCAUUUGGUACAGACAACGAGGUAAGGCAAUGAUUCCGACUUUAAGUAGUGCAUCAUUCAUGCUGUGUUCCAAAGCCAGUGGGAGGAAAUGGCUUCACGUCAGGAUGAUUCCUCAGCAAUGGUAAGUCAUGAACCAUCUCCCCAAAUGAUUGCAUGUUGUCUUGUUUUGCAGGUCCACAUGCUGUCCUCCAACAGCUCACUUCAUGUUUCUUGCAAUGUUGCCUUCCUAUGGCUGUUUGUUUUGAAUAAAGCUUUUUUGGAAAAAUGCA